AUAUCCUCAUCACUUGUAUCUGCCGAUAAAGCAGGCUUGGCGUUCUGUGUCGCUGCCAUGAUAACACCUGGAUUUCUUAUUGAUCAGGACAGAAAAUCAAGCAUCUUUUAUUUUAGCCAAAAGAAGUCUGAAUCUGAUUCAUGGUCAACAAAGUCUUAUCUAGCUUAUGAUGAGGAAAACGAUACCCAUGGAACGGAACAGCUCUCUAUGAUAGAUGUACAGUUGGAGUGCAUACUUGCUGUUGUUCUUGGUGGAUUCGGUUGGUUGAUUCUGUUGUCGAAUUCCAUGAAAAAAGCGCCAUUUCCACCUAUGUUUUUGACUGGCGGUAUAUUUCUUCUUGUGGCAGUUACAUCCGAGUUUGCCGUUCUUGUUCGGUUUUUGGCUACUAACGCUGCCCACGCCGCUUUCCUAUCAAGACUCGAAACAAUCAUUAUGCCAUCAUUACUCGAUAAAAGUUCCUAUUUCAUCGGGGUUCCAUACUCCCUUAUUCUUGCUGGAUUUGGUAUUAUUUUAAUUCUAUUUGCUGUAGUGCGGAUUUUCAUUCGCCAUAAGAGAUACCAAUUACCCACUGAAAUGUAUAAACAUAUGUCUUAUGAACCGUGGAGUAAUAUGAGAGAAUUUAGGAUCGUUUCUCAACAGCUGACGGGUGAUGUGGAGAGCAAUCUCAUAGAAAACAGGGUGUAA